AGCUCCGCCCCCGCGGAACCCGAGCGCGGAAGGCCAGGCCUGGGAGGAGCUCAGAGCGCCGGUUGCUGGAGAAGCUGAGCUGGAGCACCCGGUUGGUCAGGCCAGAGUGGGCCCGAGGCGGACGUGAACAGGGUCGGAUCAAGAUGGCGGUGCAGGUGGUACAGGCGGUGCAGGCGGUUCAUCUCGAGUCUGAUGCUUUCCUAGUUUGUCUCAACCACGCUCUGAGCACAGAAAAGGAGGAGGUGAUGGGACUGUGUAUAGGGGAGUUGAAUGAUGACACAAGUAGGAGUGACUCCAAAUUUGCAUAUACCGGAACUGAAAUGCGCACAGUUGCUGAAAAGGUUGACACCGUCAGAAUUGUUCAUAUUCAUUCUGUCAUCAUCUUGCGACGUUCUGAUAAGAGGAAGGACCGAGUAGAAAUUUCUCCAGAGCAGCUAUCUGCGGCCUCAACAGAGGCAGAGAGGUUGGCUGAAUUAACAGGUCGCCCCAUGAGAGUUGUGGGCUGGUAUCAUUCCCAUCCUCAUAUAACUGUCUGGCCUUCACAUGUUGAUGUUCGCACUCAAGCCAUGUACCAGAUGAUGGAUCAAGGUUUUGUAGGACUUAUUUUUUCCUGUUUCAUAGAGGAUAAAAACACAAAGACUGGUCGGGUACUCUACACUUGCUUCCAAUCCAUACAGGCCCAAAAGAGCUCAGAGUCCCCUCAUGGUCCACAAGACUUCUGGAGCUCCAGCCAGCACAUCUCCAUUGAGGGCCAGAAGGAAGAGGAAAGGUAUGAGAGAAUUGAAAUUCCAAUCCAUAUUGUACCCCAUGUCACCAUUGGAAAAGUAUGCCUUGAAUCAGCAGUGGAGCUGCCCAAGAUCCUUUGUCAGGAGGAACAGGAUGCAUAUAGGAGGAUUCACAGCCUUACACAUCUGGACUCAGUAACCAAGAUCCAUAAUGGUUCAGUGUUCACCAAGAAUCUGUGCAGUCAGAUGUCAGCAGUCAGCGGGCCUCUCCUACAGUGGUUGGAGGAUAGAUUGGAGCAAAACCAACAGCAUUUGCAGGAGUUACAACAAGAAAAAGAAGAACUUAUGCAAGAACUUUACUCCCUAGAAUAAAGGAGGAGACAAAUGGGGACAGAAGAAAAUAUCCAGUAUAAAAUUAAUCAAGCUAAAUCAAUUUUGAUGAAGAAAAAGUUGGAGGACUCACAUUACCUGACUGAAAGCUACAGUAAUCAAGAUGUUAAAGUGUUGCCAGAGGGAUAAACACAUAAAACAAUGGAACAGAAGAGAACCUAGAAAUAGACCCAUACGAAUAUUCGAAUAUGCCAAACUAAUCUGACAAACAUAACAAAGACAAUUCAAUGAAGAAAUCAAGCUGAAGCAAUUGAAUACACAUUUUUUUUUUAAAAAAAAGAACCUCAACCUAAACCUCACUAAAAAUUUCUAUAAAAGUUACCUCAAAAUGUAUCAUGGAUUUAAAUAUAAUAUGUAAAGCUACAACAUUAGUAAAAAAAAAAAAAAAAAGGAGAACAAUCUUCAGGAGAAAAGUUGAAGAACUUCACUUCAAAAGCACAAUACAUAAUAGAAGACGUUUCUAUAUUUAGCCUCAUCAAAAUUAAAAAGUUUGAUUCUGUAAGAAAUUUUUUAAGAAUAAAAUACAAGCUACAGAUUGAGAGAAAUUAUUUGCAAACCAUAGAAUAUCUGAUCAAUUUGGAGUAUUGCGCUCAAAACUCAACAGUAAAAAAACAGUCCAAUUAGAAAAUGAGCAAAAGAUAUGAAUAUACAUUCAUCAAAGAGGGUAUAUGGAUGGCAAGUAAUCACAUGAAAAGAUGUUGAACUUCAUAAGUCAUCAAUGAAUGCAAAUUAUAACCACAAUGAUAUAUGACUUACACCACUUUUUAGAAUGGUUAAAGAGAAAAUGGUUUUGAGGAUACAAACUAUACUUCUCAUAUAUUCAUGAUAGGAAUAUAAAAUGGUACACCCACUCUGGAAAAGAGAUUGGAAAUUUCUUUUGAAGUUAAACAUAUAUCAACAUACAAACCAGCAAUUGCCUUCCUGGAUAUUUAUCCCAGAGAAAUGAAAACCUAUGUUGGCACAGAAGCUCAUACAAUAAUUUUCAUAGCAACUGUAUUAAUAAUAUACCCAAACUGAAAACAACUCCGAUGUCCUGCAAUGGGUAAAUGGUUAAACAAAUUGUCCAUAUCAUGGAAUACUGCUCUGUAAUGAAAUUAACAAUAACGUAAAUGGACCUCAGGGGUAUUAUGUGUGGUGAAUGACAAAAAAAAAAAAAGAAUCUUGAAAGUUCACAUACUGUACAAUAGUGUUCAUAUAACAUUUUUGAAAUAACAAAAUUAUAGAAUGAAUAGAUUAAUGGUUGCCAGGGACUAAUUGGGGUGUGGCAUAUGCAUGAUUAUACAAGGAGUUCCUGUGUGCUGAUGGAAUAGUUUUGUAUCUCGAUUAUGCUAUUGAGUACAUAAAUCUAUACCUGUGCUAAAAUACAUAGACUUAUACAGAUAUGAAUGCAUGUAAAAUCUCUUAAACUUAAUAAAUUCUGUAGUCUGUUUAGCAAUAUUA